UAUUAAAGUCAAUACCCAAUAUUAUUUGUUUUCCGAUAUUAUAUUAUACAUUAUAUCAAAUUAAACAAGUAACUUUUUUCUACAUUGAUUUUUAUUUUUUAUUUUUAUAAUUUUAUCUGAUCGUCGACUCGGCGUAAAGCAAUACAUUAUAGUAGAUAGGUACCUUUAAAGAUAAUAUUUUCUUAAUAAGCGAUAUCAUCAUAUCGGCGUUAGAUAUUGGUAUUUUUGUUUCAUUUGCAAUUUGUAUCGCGUAUAAAGUGAACAGUGAACGUUUAGUAUAUUCUAGUGUAAAAUAUAUAGUGUCAAUUAUUGAAAUGGACCUGAAAAUUCAAAAAAAAUUCGAAACCGAAAAAGGUAAGCCAUGCAUUUUAGUCGAUGGACAUAAAUAUAGGGAAUUCAAUGUACUAAAAAAAUGUGGUAGUAUCCGAUACCGUUGUACCAAUAAAAACUGUUCUGCAAGCCUGCUUGUUAAUAAAGAUGUAACAAUAGUUAUUAGUAUGCUUAACGAUCAUAACCACGAUGUAAUUGCUGAAAAUAUCGUUAGUAGGCAAAUUAUCAAUUCCCGUGUUAAAAGGAAAUGCGAGAAUGAUUUAUUAACAAGGCCGAAUAAAAUAAUUCGAGCUGAACUUCAAAACGCUGAAAAUGAUAUUGAACUUGUGCAUUCUGAUGUGAGGUUAUGGAGAAAAAGUAUGUACGAUUUCCGCCGUAAGUGUAUGCCUAAAAUUCCAAAAAAUGUUGAAGAAUCAAACGUUCAAAUAUUUGAUAGACGUGAAAAUAUAAUAAGUAAUACUGGUGAGUUGUUUUGUCAUAUGGAAACAAUUUCAAGUCCGGUUAUGUUUACUUGUGCUACUAAUCUUGAAAUAUUAAGUCGAAGUUCUCACAUAUUCGCCGAUGGGACGUUUUCACAUUCUCCCAAACAUUAUGAACAACUUUAUACUAUUCAUAUAUUGCAAAAUGGUUUUUAUAUACCUGUAGUAUAUUGUUUUUUGACUUCUAAAUCAACUCAAACAUAUAUAGAUAUGUGGCUUACAAUUGUACAAUUGUGUUUGAAAUUGACCGGUAUAAAUUUACAACUAUCAUUAGCUCAAUCAACUUUUCAUUUCGAUUUUGAAAAAAGUAUACAUAACGCUGUUAAAGAAAUUUUCCCGAACUGCAGAAUUCUGGCAUGUAGGUUUCAUUUAAAUCAAGCUUGGUUUAGACAUAUUCAAAAAGAUAGUCAGCUACUAAAUGAAUAUAAAUCAAAUUCGGAAUUGGGAGUUUGGCUAAAAAAAUUUUUUGCUUUAGGAUUUUUACCAGCCAAUUUAGUAGAGAAUGCUUUUUUAUAUUUAAUUGAAAAUGCUCCUACGUCUGAUUUUGGAUUUGCCGAUUAUUUACUUAAAAACUAUAUAGAAACCGAUGCACAAUUUCCACCAACCUUAUGGGCAGAUAAACCAUCUGAAGAAGCUAGAACAACUAAUGGUCCAGAAUCUUUUCAUAUGCACUAUAAUUCACAGUUUUAUACCUCGCAUCCAUCUACUUUCCAAGUAAUACACAUAUUAUUAGGUAUUCAAACUGAAACCUAUUUAAAAAUAAAUAGUAUUAAACGUAAUGAAAAAAAUAAAUUACGAAAAGAGCAAGAAAACAAUAUUAAAUUUAUAAUAGAUACUUGGGAAAAAUUUAAAAACAACAAAAUAUCAAUGAAUGACUAUUUACAAGCAAUGGGACCACGUUUUUGUGCUAGUCGCCAAAUGUAAUUUUUAAAAACUUAUUAUUAUUAUUAUACUCUUAUUAUUAAAUUUAUAGCGGAUUAUUUUUAUAUGAACAAAAAAAAUAUCGACUAUUGACUAUGUCUGUAUAUAUAUUUAACAUACGUCAUGUAAUUUAGGAAAAAACAAUUUUUAACCAAGCCAACGAUGAUAAUUUGUUGACAGUCCUAAGCCUGCAAUAAUUGGGAAGGAAAGUUGUGAAUUAAUUAUUAAUUUUUAAUUUAAUUGAUUAAUUAUUUUAUGUUUUACAUAAAUUAUUAUAAAUAGUAUAUACUAUAUAGUAUAUAUAUAUAUAUGGUACUAUAGUAUAUACUAUAUACACAUAUUAUUUGGUGCGCAAUGGUGUUGUGAUUUUAACAGGUAAAAAGGGAUCGGGGCGCAAUCGUGUUACAAAUUUUUUGCGCAAUCGUGGUGUAAUUAGUCGGGUCAAAAAAAAAAAAUUG